AUUAACUCAUAAAAUAUAUACAAAGCUUCUAAGCCCAUCAUCAUGCCAUCUUCUCUCCUCGCCCAAUACUAUUCGCCUCUCCGCAUUCUCACACGUUUUUCUCCUCAUUCUGGAAUGCGAUUCAAGAAUAUGACUGCCCGAAAGCCCAAUAAAGUCGCCCACGAUUCCCCCUCCCCCAUCACUGCUGAUGAAACUAUCAACAUGUUUCAGCAAGUCUUUCACUCACAGCCAACCACUAUCAAUGGUUGGGAUAAGUGCUGGCAACAAGGGUUAACGCCUUGGGAUUUGGGGUGCCCCGCCCCAGUUCUUGUGCAUCUUAACAACACGGGCUCCCUUCCCAAAGGCAGAGCGCUUGUUCCUGGCUGCGGCUCUGGUUAUGAUGUUGUGGCAAUUGCAUCUGCUGAGCGCCAUGUUGUUGGUGUAGACCUCUCAGACAAUGCCAUUAAAAGAGCCACAGAAUUGUCUUCUCGGUCACCAAAUGCAGAGCAUUUUACAUUUUUAAAGACAGACUUCUUCACUUGGUGCCCAACUCAGUUGUUUGAUCUCAUUUUCGACUACACGUUUUUCUGUGCCAUUGAACCAGGGUUAAGAUCACAGUGGGCUAGGAAAAUAAGUGAUCUCCUAAAACCAGAUGGGGAGCUCAUAACGCUGAUGUUUCCAGUAGAUGAUCAUGAGGGUGGGCCUCCAUACAAAGUAUCAGUUGCAGACUACGAAGAGGUGUUGCAUCCCCUUGGCCUUAAAGCAACUUACAUUGCAGAGAAUGAGUUGGCUGUUGCUCCUCGAAUGGGACGAGAGAAACUAGGGAGAUGGAGAAGAUCCGCGGUCCAAGCGGCGCUAUGAUAAUGUCAGCUGAUAAUUCAAGCAAUCUGCUUAUAUUGAAGAAUCAUAUGUUGUGAUAAACUGGUGAAUUGGGAUGUGGAUGCUUAUUGAUUGUUGAAUGAUGGAAUCGUUUCUUUACUGUAAUGCAAGGAUGGACCAUAACAUUGCAUGUAUAUGUUACUCCAACAGUAAAUAACGUUGAGUAAGAAGACUACACAAUCAUGUCCCGCUGCAC